AUGAAGCUCUCAGCAUGUCUCUGUCCGGUGGUGCUGGCGGCGGCCAGCCAAGCCACCUCAUCAAGCCAGCCGUUAUACAAGAAUCCUCACGCUUCUAUCGAUGAUAGAGUGUCUGAUCUGCUCAAGCGCAUGUCCGUGCAGGAAAAGAUGGCCCAGUUGAUUCAAGGCGACAUGUCCAACUAUCUCGAUCUCACUUAUGGCACUUAUAACAAAUCGGGACUUGUGUGGAAUAUGGAGUACCGAGCCAACUCGGUCUGGACUGGCUACUAUACCAACAUGACGACGGUGAAGAAGGCUGCUCAAUUGGCACAAGAAUACCUGCUCAAGGAAACUAAACUGGGCAUUCCGACGUUUGUUCAGAGCGAAGGCCUUCAUGGGUUCUUGGGCCUGAAUGCCACGAUUUUCAACUCUCCCAUUGGCAUAGGAUGCUCGUUCAAUCCCAGCCUCGUAGAGACAAUGGCCAACGCCAUUGCGACGGAAAGUCUAUCUCUCGGAGUCAACCAGCUGUUCGCACCGCUGGCUGACCUUGCUCGAGAGUUGAGAUAUGGCCGAGUAGAGGAAUGUUUUAGCGAAGAUUCCUACCUGGCGGGAGAAAUGGCAUACAGUUAUGCUAAGGGGCUCCAAGAAAAAGGUGUCUCAGCGACGGUUAAGCAUUUUGCUGCUUUUGCGUCACCCGAACAAGGCAUCAAUACUUCUCCAGUGCACGGAGGCGAACGCGAGCUACGAUCCCUGUAUCUUCCACCGUUCAAAAGAGCCAUCAUUGACAGCGGCGCUACUUCAAUCAUGUCCUCCUACAAUUCUUACGACGGCGUCCCCAUGGUUGCAAACUCAGCGGUGCUCACCGACAUUCUUCGCGGCGAAUGGGGCUAUGAGUAUUUCGUAACCUCCGAUGCUGGUGGCACUGCUCGGCUUUCCAAUGCGUUUUACGUCUGCGGAGCUAAGGACAACGAUUGUAUCACGCUUGAGGCUCUGCCUGCCGGUAACGAUGUUGAGAUGGGCGGUGGAUAUUACAGCUACCAAUCUAUCCCUGCCCUGGUUGAAUCUGGUAAACUGAGCGAAAGUGUCUUGGAUACUGCCGUUUCUCGCGUACUUCGCGCAAAGUUUAAGCUGGGUCUUUUCGAGAAGCCUUAUACUGGCGUUGCUGAUGACGACAUUUUCAAGUAUAUUAAUACUCCGGCGCAUAAGAAGAUUGCCCGUCAACUUGAUUCUGAGAGCAUUGUGCUCCUUGAGAACCACAAUAAUGUUCUGCCUCUGAAGAAGAACGCCAAUGUUGCCGUCAUUGGCCCCAUGGCUCACGGUUACGUCAAUUACGGAGAUUAUGUGAUUCACACUGCCAUGACCCGAGGCGUCACUCCCCUUGACGGCAUCAGUUCUGUCAGCACUGGCAAGGUCACUUAUGCUCAGGGCUGCGAGCGCUGGUCCAACGACGAGUCCGGUUUUGACGAAGCCAUUGCCGCUGCCAAAGACUCGGAUGUUGCUGUCGUCGUCGUCGGUACGUGGUCGCGAGAUCAGAAUGAGCUCUGGUCAGGCUAUAACGCGACAACUGGCGAGCACAUCGACAUCAGCGACUUCCACCUCGUCGGUGCCAUGCCUCGCUUGGUUAAGGCUAUUAUCGAGACCGGAAAACCCACCGUCGUUGUCUAUAGUUCCGGAAAGCCCAUCACCGAGCCGUGGAUAUCAGAGGAGGCGUCUGCUCUUGUGCAGCAGUUCUACCAGUCCGAGCAGGGCGGAUAUGCCCUCGCAGAUGUCUUGUACGGCAACGUUAACCCUUCGGGGAAGCUCUCCGUGAGCUUUCCCUAUGAUGUUGGCACUCUACCCAUCUACUACGACUACCAAAACUCCGCGAGAAGUAACCCCAACCCCGGCCAUAUAUAUGAAAACGGUACCCUUGUCUUCGGCAGCACCUACGUAUUCGAGAAUCCCACUGCACUCUACGAAUUCGGAUACGGCCUCUCGUACAGCCAGUUCGAGUUCUCUGACAUCUCAGUCUCCAAGUCUCACGUUUCCGCUUCCGAUACUGUGACUGUUUCUGUGACGGUAACAAAUAAGUCACAACGUGACGGAGCAGAGGUGGUUCAGCUCUACGUCAAAGAUAUGAUUGCGUCUGUAGACGUGCCACGAUACCGGCUCAAGGGCUUCCAAAAGGUCACUGUGAAGGCCGGGAAGUCUACGACGGUUAAGAUUGGCCUCCCGGUUGAGGAUUGGGGCCUAUGGAACCGCCAGAUGAAAUACGUUGUUGAGCCUGGAGAUUUCACUGUGCUUGUAGGUAACUCUAGUGAAAAUUUCUUUGGAAACGUCACCGUGACUGUUUCAUAA